AUGUGCGGUAUUUGUUGUGUCAUUACCUUGUCUAGCCAGCAUGGGCUUCAUGAUUCCUUCAGCAAGGAUGUGCUCUCCUGCCUUAGACGAAGAGGACCGGACAGUAGCCAACAGUUGAUAAAAACGGUGUCUGAUCUCUCUUAUAAGUGUCUGUUUUCUGGUCAGGUACUUCACUUGAGGGGGCUAAUGACCGCUCAGCCUCUGGAAGAUGCCAAUAAUAAUAUUUUCCUUUGGAAUGGAGAAAUUUUUGAUGGAGUUCAUGUUGGGUCCCUAGAGAAUGACACUGAAAUUAUGUUUCAUCGUCUCACCUUAUGCAAUAGUGAAUCAGAAAUUUUGUCACUCUUUUCAUCGCUUCGAGGUCCGUGGUCUUUUAUUUACUAUCAAGGAUCUAGUGACUGUUUGUGGUUUGGUAGGGAUUAUUUUGGUCGUCGCAGCUUGCUUUGGCAGUUCAGUAACGAGGUUGAGAGGGCUGUCUGUCUCGCAUCUGUAAGUGUUUAUUCUGAAUCCGAUAAGCAGUGGCAAGAAGUCCCAGCAUCUGGAAUUUUCAAAAUUGAUCUCAAAGACUGUGCAACAGCUAAGGCUUUGUCUUUAAGUUUGUUUCCAUGGAAAUACAGCUGUACAGAGAAAACCGGAGAAGAAAUAUUCACUAAUGUUCUGGAUCAAGUUUCAAAAGGUUUGCCAAACCACAUACUAGUUGUAGCAAAUGAAUCAAGACUGUGUCUAACAGCACCAGUUAUUCCCUUAAAUAAAACCAUUUCUGAGGCUUUAGGUGAAUGUCAGUGCACUAACGUUAGCAACGUUAACAAUACAGUGUCUGUAGAAACUCUUCAAGCUUUUCUCAGAGUAGAACACAAGAAGAAAUUAGUCCAUCAGUUUAUUGAUGUGUUAAGUGAAGCAGUGAAGAAACGUGUUUUAGCUCUGGUUAGAGAUGAAGAUGAGAAAAGAAGAGACCCUCCAAGCAUGUCUACCAGGAAAGCUCAUGUUGCCGUGCUCUUCUCUGGAGGCAUCGAUUCUAUGCUUAUUGCAGCUCUCGCUGAUCGGCAUGUUCCUAUGGAAGAACCUAUCGAUCUUCUCAAUGUAGCUUUCACGACUAAAGAACAAAAUAAGCAAAAAUGUGCCUCUAAAAAAUAUAGUGACCAAGAAGUGCACCUUGAUUUGCUUUCUCAUCAAGAAAGCUGUGAAGUUUUUGAUGCUAAAACUACCAAUGAAUUUGAUGUUCCUGACAGAAUCACUGGUAGAGCAGGACUGAAAGAAUUAAAAGUUCUUAACUCUUUAAGAACCUGGAACUUUGUGGAAAUUAAUGUUACAGUAGAGGAAUUGAAAAGAAUGAGACAACAGCGCAUUAGUCACUUAAUCUACCCACUAGAUACUGUCCUGGAUGACAGCAUAGGCUGUGCAGUUUGGUUUGCUUCUAGAGGAGAGGGUUUUGUUAGUAACUGUGGAGAACUGAAACCAUAUAGAAGUUCUGCAAAGGUUGUACUUACAGGAAUUGGAGCAGAUGAGCAACUUGCUGGCUAUUCUCGACAUCGUGUUUGCUUCAAAAAUUAUGGUUUAGAGGGUCUAAAUAAAGAAAUUGAAAUGGAGUUAGAUCGCAUUUCUUCUAGAAAUCUUGGUAGAGAUGACAGGAUUAUUGGUGAUCAUGGAAAAGAAGCCAGAUUUCCUUUCCUUGAUGAAGAUGUUGUUUCCUUCCUCAAUUCUCUGCCUAUCUCUGAAAAAGCAGACUUGACGUUACCUCGAGGACUUGGUGAGAAACUGCUUCUGCGCCUCGCAGCUGUGGAGCUUGGCCUUACGGCAUCGGCCAUUCUGCCCAAGAGGGCUGUCCAGUUUGGCUCGCGAAUCGCCAAACUGGAGAGCAACAGUGAGAAGGCCUCUGAUAAGUGCAGCAGGCUCAAGUCACUUCCAACUGAUGAAGUUUAG